ACUAUGAGAUGAUAACGAAAUCCAAAUAAAAAAUAACGAUGACAAUAAGUACUGAAAACCCCAGCUGCGCUGCUUCCCGUGGACGCCAUUGAAGAGCGUGUUUGAUUUUCCUCCCUUUCCUUCUUAAGUACUCUUUGAAACCUUUUCAAGCCCUAAUUUCCUAUUGCUCAAUCAUUGUCACCUCUCCAUUUUUCAGUGUCUGCUAUCCAGCUCGCGAUGGCAGAUCUCAAGGCCAGAACCGACAUUUCAUUCGCUGAAGCAUUCUUGUGCAGUGCUUUCGCUGCCUGUUUCGCUGAGUUCUGUACCAUUCCUUUGGACAUUGCUAAAGUUAGGCUUCAGCUCCAAAGGAAAACAGGUUCAACAGAUGGAGUGACUUUGCCUAAAUAUAGAGGUUUGUUGGGUACAAUUGCUACUAUUGCUAGGGAGGAAGGUUUAUCAGCACUAUGGAAAGGCAUUAGUGCGGGAUUGCAUCGCCAAUUCAUUUAUGGAGGCUUAAGGAUUGGAUUAUAUGAACCUGUUAAAAUUUGUCUUGUUGGUGGUGAUUUUGUUGGAGACAUUCCUUUAUGCCAUAAGAUACUAGCAGCCUUGUUGACUGCUAAUCCUACUGAUCUUGUCAAAGUUCGGCUUCAAGCUGAGGGAAAAUUGCCUGCUGGGGUACCUAAGCGUUAUUCUGGAGCUUUGGAUGCUUAUCUUACCAUAGGGAGACAGGAAGGACUACAUGCUUUGUGGACUGGCCUCGGACCUAACAUUGUGCGUAGUGCUAUUAUAAAUGCUGCUGAAUUAGCCAGUUAUGAUGAAGUGAAACAGGUAAUUUUGCAAAUUCCUGGGUUCAUGGACAAUGCUUUUACUCAUCUCCUAGCGGGUAUUGGUGCAGGUCUUUUUGCAGUCUGUAUUGGUUCUCCCAUUGACGUGGUAAAAUCUAGGAUGAUGGGAGAUUCAACCUAUAAAAGCACCCUUGAUUGUUUUAUCAAGACUUUGAAAAAUGAGGGCUUUUCUGCCUUCUAUAAGGGGUUCCUGCCAAAUUUUAGUCGGCUGGGAUCUUGGAAUGUGGUUAUGUUUUUAACUCUUGAGCAAGCAAAGAAGUUAGUCAGAGGGGAGGUAUCCUAUGACUGAUAUUGAGAUUGGGAAGGAAGAAGACAGUUUUGCUUAUUGAUUGCCUCUUCUAUUGCAGCAGCUUUCUUGCACAGAAAAAUAAGGUAAAACUCUGCAGAUAUUCUUUUCCACAUUCAUUAUAUCUAUCUACCCAUUCAAAGAUAUCUACGAACCAGAUGUCCAAGAAGCUGUAAUUGCUCACUUUUACCUGGAAUUAAAACUGUUUCCUCCCUGUCCUAUCUGAUGUCAUAUGUAUAGUGCUGUAUUAUGGUCUAUGUUAGAGACUCUUCUUGUGUUUGCCAAGAAAGAUAAUAUAAUAUAAUAUAAUGAUUAAUGUAGAGUUGGUUAGACUGCCCUGCA